AUGAUCAAGAUUUUUUGCAACCAUCUAGGGAAGAAAGUCUGGAUGAAAUGCAACACUGAUGACACCAUUAGGGACCUUAAGAAAUUGAUCAUGGCUCAAACUAAGACUCACUGGAAAAAGAUUGUUCUUAAGAAGUGGUACAUGACUUUUAAGGACCAUGUGUUACUGUGGGACUAUGAAAUCCAUGACGGAAUGAACCUGGAGUUUUAUUACCAAUAG